AGCGGAGCCCAACUCAAAGCUGAGCAGCGGCCGGACAGAGAAGGAGCUUCAGCGUCUUAACGGAAACGGGGAGUAUGUUAGCGAGAGUGAGGAGAAAACGAAGGUCAGUAAAGAGGGGAGUCUGAGGUAAAACUGAGAAAACCAAGAUGAAAACGCGUUCGUCCCCCUCAGCCUUGUGGUAACGACGAAGCGCGUGGUCUUCUGCGGGUGUUUGGUGUUAGCGGAGCAGCCUCGUGGAUGGAGAACACGUAAAGUGGUGUGAAAGUGUGUGAAGAGCGGACAUGAGGGCCGUUUCGCUGAACUCGCUGGCGCUGCUGCUCCUCUGCACUCUCGCCUGCGUGCUGCACCUGUGGGGCGGCUUGGAGAAGCGCUUGGAGCGGCGAGAGCGGGACCUCGUAUCGUCUACGGCCAAAACUUUCCGAGCCCUACUUGCCGUCCCGGCCGCGCGGACCACCUCCCGCUUCUUUCCCCGCGCUCGGACUAACGCUACGGCGGGGAGUGGGGAUGAAAACAAGACGCUCGUGAGCGAGGACGUCGGAGCGAGGGCAGUCGAGCCGUUGGAGGACGGCGUGUUUUGGAGCCGCAGCCUCGAGUCUCGCCUUCCCGCCGGUUUCAGCGAGGAUCGCGCGCGCGCCUGGAGCCUGCGUGCGCGAGCCGAGCAUGUGCUCUCCCUCGAGCCGGGCUGCGGCAGGACGUCCAACCAGCUGGCCACGUUCUCGGACGGCAGCAGAGCGUGCGUGCGCUACGGCAUCAACGCCGAGCAGGUGCAGGGGGAAACUCUGGCUUAUUACUUGGCGAGGCUGCUGGGCAUCUCCAACGUGCCUCCUCUCGUGCUAGCACAGCCCAGCGCGGAGCAGUGGGCGCACGUGAGGAAGAGGGUGGACAGCCUGCAGUGGUCAGGACGAGCUGUAGUGUCCAUGACAGAGUGGAUCGCCAACUUGAGUGGGACGGUGACCCCUGCGCCCCUGCGGCCGGAUGGCAGUGGCCUGCGCCCCUCAUCGGACUUCAGCAACCAGACUGAGGUGGACCUGCUUGAGCUAGCUCAGUGGAGCGACCUUGUCGUGUUUGACUACCUGACGGCCAACUUCGACCGGCUGGUCAGCAACCUGUUCAGCCUGCAGUGGGACUCGCGUGUCAUGGAGCGGGACACAAGCAACCUGCUGAAGGCGCCCCAUGGUGCCCUGGUUUUCAUAGACAACGAGGCGGGCCUAGUGCACGGCUACCGCGUGCUGGACAUGUGGGAGAGGUACCACAGCUCUGUCCUGAGGUCCGUGUGCGUUUUCAGGAGGAGGACGGCCCAGCGGGUCGCAGCUCUGCACCGGUACCGGGACGUGCGGGCGCGCCUCUUCGAACUGUACCAGGACAGUGAACCCCUGGCUGCACAGCUGGGCUUUUUGUCCGAGGAGCACGCCAGGAUAUUACAGGACAGAGUAGACAGAGUCUACAGGCACAUAUUGCACUGUAAAGGGAAGUACAACCAGCUGUAGUUUUUCCGAUGUGCAGACCCUUUUCCAAAAAUGAGUAUGAAUAUAGACCACUGGUUGUGAAGGUGACCAUGCCAAUAUCCAACUCAUGAACUGUGUUCAACUCUCUGUAACUUUUCAGCAUCUGGCUGGACUACCUCUUGUGGGGACGGACCUCAAACGUGUCUAAGUAACGUCUUGUUUUGUAUGAGUUUCCACGACAAGAAAACAUGUUUUGUUUUCGAAAAGUCUUAAAACCUUAAACUCACUGAGCAUAUUGCUUGAGAUAGAGUUAAUCGGUUAGGCAAUGCAAUAAAAGCCUAACUGCAGUCAUGCAUUGGUUAAUUGUUGUGGUUUGCUGCUUCCACCAUUUUGGUGAUAUAUUAGGCUGUUUUUCUGUUUUUUAUUUGAUGGAAACAAAGCUACAGCUGAAUUAACAGGAGUUGGACAGCUCUUCUGUGUUUUAUUGACAUGCUUUAUUCUUAAAUACUUUGGAAAACGUUGUGGGUCACUGUAGUGCUGAGUUUGGUUUAAUGGUCAUAUUCACACUGUUACAGAAGUAGAUUAAGAUGGUCGCCUUUUAUUGUUACUCUUGCACAGCUUUACAAUUCAUAGCCUUAAUGAAGUGGUGGGAUGUCUGUUGAUUUUGAAAAUGUGUUGUGGGAUUUCGCUUUGUGAAUUCUGAACUCUAUUUAACUAAUUUAAGUCACAAUAUGUGAUAACAUUCCAGUUGUUUUUUUGUUUUUUUUUAUUGGACAACAAAAACCUGUCAUUUUUACAUGCCAUUAAAUCUAGUGGAACUGAAGUGUUUCACUAAGCCGAAUGCUG